UAUGGCGACGUGUCAAAAUGGCCGAUCUCAACAAAGAACUAAAUGAAUACCUUCUUAGCAGUAAAAAUGAGAAACAAUUUAAAAUCACCGUGCCUUCGGUGGCACUACCGAAAACAAAUAUUGGAAAAUGGUUCGGAAAAAGUGAGGAGGAAGAAACAGGAUGGAUCCAAGGAGCACAAAAGGAGUGUUGUCCUAGUAUGACACGAAUACAAAGGUUAAUAGCGUUUGUUGUAUGCUUUUCCAUGGGUAUACUUUGUUUCUGUCUGUCGGCGGUUUAUAUUCCGGUUUUACUACUCAAAGCAAGAAAGUUCGCUCUUCUCUACACUUUAGGAAGCGUUUUCUUCCUAUCAAGUUUUUGCUUCCUUUUGGGCCCAUUAAGUUACUUGAAAUCAUUGUUCACUGCUGAAAGAAGGUGUUUUACUGUGUCCUACUUUGCAACUUUGAUAGGAACGCUUUAUUUUGCCUUGCAUUUACAGUCUACACCACUAACAGUAUUCUGUGCUGUAUUGCAAUUAAUAGCUAUGCUAUCGUUCUUAGUGAGUCAUAUACCAGGAGGAACUACAGGUUUGAUGUUUUUUACAAGAAUGUUCAAGUCUUCAGUAAAUUCUACAUUACCUGUAUGA